CCAAAUUUCUCUGAUUUGGCUUUGCCGGUGUUAGGUGUGUCGGCCCUGCACUAGCUCCUUGUCUUCCGGUGUUUGGUUCUUCCGUUCCACCCACCCAGGUGGAAGGACCAGGCGUCGGGGGCUAAUGCAGUCGGUUUAAUGGUGGCUAUAAGUGGGUGCGAUGGUUGGCUACGGUUUUUGGUGGCGUUUGAAAUGCCGGUUGUUGGGAUGCCUGCAUUUCGAACGGGGAUGGUUGGCCAGUUCGUCCUCGCCGAGUCGACUCACGGAUGGUGGAAGGACAAGGCGUCGGGGGCUAGUGCAGUCGGUUUUAGGUUGGCUCUAAGUGGGUGGGACGGUUGGCUACGGUUUUCUUCGGUCUUGCACGGCACUCAUCGACGCGACUGUCAUGGGCACCAGGCAUUCGCCGGUGGGCUGACUGCUGAGUUAAAAACUUGGCCUUUGGUCUGUUGGUGGGUUGUGCGGUGUGUAUGAAGUUUGCGAUGCGUAAUUGUGUGUGAGAUGUAUUUGGUUUUCAUGGUCAGGUUUGAUCCUUGCUGUAGCAGCGAAAACUUGCCGUGAAAGCCUUUUCAAUUUGGUGGGUUCCGCCUUUGUCUGAAAUGGUUUCCUUUGUUCUGUACCCUUUCGGUGGCAUCCUUACGUUCCAACUGCUGAGUUCUGUCGU